GCUCGUAUCAGGCCGGGGAGGGGAGGGGCGGGGCGCUUCCCCGGCUCGGCGCCAAGCCCGGGUUUCGAGGUCAGGGCGGAGAUCCCUAACUUUCGGUGGACUCACACUAGACUGUGGACACCGUGAGCAGCAAGUGGUCCAAGCGAGUGACUUCCGCGCGCUGCACUUCUCUUGGAAACUUCUCGGGAAUAAGGGAGGCGGUCUGGCUGGACCAGCGGGGGUUCUGUCCUUUGACAUUCUUGUUUGUGAAGAUGGAAAACUUAAUAUCUCUGGAGUCAAGCUUUUACUUGAGAUAACUGAAACCUUGUGUCUUAAGUUCCCCACAAGAACACUCCCCAAGAUGGCAGAGGAGAGCAGCAAUACCAGGGACUGCGUGUCCUUCAGCGUGCUCAACUGGGAUCAGGUUAGCCGGCUGCAUGAGGUCCUGACCGAGGUUGUACCUAUCCACGGACGAGGCAACUUCCCAACCUUGGAGAUAACUCUGAAGGACAUCGUCCAGACCGUGCGUGGCCGGCUGGAGGAGGCAGGCAUCAAAGUGCAGGAUGUCCGGCUGAAUGGCUCCGCAGCGGGCCACGUCUUGGUCAAAGACAACGGCCUGGGUUGCAAAGACCUGGACCUGAUCUUUCACGUGGCUCUUCCCACGGAGGCAGAAUUUCAGCUGGUCAGAGAUGUGGUGCUGUGCUCCCUUCUGAACUUCCUGCCAGAGGGUGUGAACAAGCUCAAGAUCAGCCCGGUCACCCUGAAGGAGGCGUACGUCCAGAAGCUGGUGAAGGUCUGCACGGACACUGACCGCUGGAGCCUGAUUUCCCUCUCCAACAAGAACGGGAGGAACGUGGAGCUGAAAUUCGUCGACUCCAUCCGGCGCCAGUUUGAGUUUAGCGUGGACUCUUUUCAGAUCAUCCUGGACUCUCUGCUCUUCUUCUACGACUGCUCCAGCAGCCCCAUCUCUGAGCACGUCCACCCCACGGUGAUCGGGGAGAGCAUGUACGGGGACUUCGAGGAAGCCUUCGACCACCUGCAGAACAGACUGAUCGCCACCAAGAACCCCGAAGAGAUCAGGGGCGGGGGAUUGCUCAAGUACAGCAACCUCCUUGUGCGGGACUUCCGGCCCACAGACCAGGAAGAAAUCAAAACUCUGGAGCGUUACAUGUGCUCCAGGUUUUUCAUCGACUUCCCGGACAUCCUCGAACAGCAAAGGAAGCUGGAGACCUACCUUCAAAACCACUUUGCCGAGGAAGAGAGGAGCAAGUACGACUACCUCAUGAUCCUUCGCAGGGUAGUGAACGAGAGCACCGUGUGCCUCAUGGGGCACGAGCGGAGGCAGACCCUGAACCUCAUCUCCCUCCUGGCCUUGCGCGUGCUGGCAGAGCAGAACAUCAUCCCCAACGCCACCAACGUCACCUGUUACUACCAGCCAGCUCCUUACGUCAGUGAUGGCAACUUCAACAACUACUAUGUUGCCCAUCCUCCUGUCACCUACAGCCAGCCGUACCCUACCUGGCUGCCCUGUAACUAACCUUGAGACCUGAGGGCUUCCGCAGUGGGAACCCCAAUAGGGCAAGGGCUCUCAGGUAGGGGAGCCUCCUUCUAGAUGUAGGUGUUUGGCUUUUAAAGGGGAACUCAGCUCUGAUUCUGCUCUUUUUUCUUUGUGCACCCAUUGGAAUGGGUCUACAGUGUAUCAUGAGCCAACCCUAAAGGGACCCAUUAUUCCAGUGCCACUUUGGAAAAUGCUAUAGGAAGUACGGCCUAUCCACAUCUUUCCAAGACAGACACUAACAUGCCAUGUUCCAAACAGCCGCACGGGGAGACUGGAGCUCUGUGUGCUAAUGGAAUCUGGGAGAAUGCUUGGGCAGUAUCUCCUCACCCAAGCCUAGCAUAGGCUCUGUUGGCCUUCACAAGGGAUUCUCAGCUGUUCUAUGAAAGUUGUGGUUAUAGUCUAUUUUCUUGUACCAAUUUUAGCCAGGCAGAAAAUGGUGGACAUGAGAGUGGUCUCGUGACUUCAUUUUUGUUCAAGGGACUGAAUUGCUUACGUUGAUUCCCUGUUAGCAGAGCUGAGGAUUUCUUUCAUGAAUAAACCAAAGCUGGUAGCUGGAGAAUUGAGAUCUGGUUGACAGUGGUUUAUGGUUUAGAUGCUGUGCUCUCACGAGGAAUUGUGAGAUAUUGCUGAGGAAAAAAAAAAAAAAGACCUUUGCUUGAAAUGUAACUUGAAAACAAAAUAAAAUGUGGAACAUAAUGUUAAAGCAGAAUUGUGGUGGCGGUGGCGGGGUUGGGGAGCGGGUGAUUGUAAAUAGGAAACGUGAAUGUUCAGUUUUUUUUUUUUUCUUUAAGGAAUUCUUAUUGAAUGACACUUUGUUUUUUUCCCUCCCUCAGCAGCUCAUCACUUUAGUUUUGCUCUUCCUAAGACUAAGGAUUGUGCUGAGUCUAGAGCCCUUAUAGUAACUGACGUGAGAGGGUCUUCCCAUGUUUUAAUUGGAAACCCAUUUUGGUCACAUUCCAAGGAUAACAAGCUGUUUUUCUGGAAUACCUUCGGUGAUUAUUUUUUGUUUGUUUUUGUUCUUUCUUCAAAAAAUAGUGAUUUCCUUCUCCAGGCUUUUUUUGGGCAGCACAUGAAUUUGGGAUUUUCAGUAGAAAGGAAUGACCUGUGGAAUGACCUGCUGCUGUGGGCAGAGUCCCCUGGCUUACGAUUGCUCUAGAAUCGAUCCCUCUGUCCCUGUGCUGUGUGCGAGGUAGAGGCUUAGCACUCACUCGGGCUUGGUGUGCCGCACGGGAGCUGCCAGGGCUCCUUGCAAUGAUUAAUUCUGGUGGAUUCAGGAAAGAAUGGAGUAAAUGGAGAAUGGCCUUCCUUAUUCUGGUAGAUUUGACCAUACUUGUUUCUAUUGUGCACUUUAGAAGAAAAACAGUAUUAAUCUCCAGUCUAAAGCAAGCUCGGUAAAUGGGAGAGUUCUAGGCUACUGCUUUCCCAGUCGAUUUAGGUAAGGAAUUUUGUGUUUUGAAAACUUUUGUGGGAUCUCUUAGAAAGCAUCACUCUAGGGUAUUGAGAGCAGAGGAACUCAGUAUCGCCAACCAGCUUGAUCUGUAAAGUGAUUUCAUCAAAUCCACGCUCCUGGUUUUUUCUUUCUCCUGUGGCCAUAAAAAAUCCCAAGCCCUGAGUGAUUGCUUUCCUUUCUCCUUGCUUUAAACAAUGAAGAUACCUUAAUGCAGAAAGGCUUAGCAGAAAAUGCAUGGUUUUCCUUUUUCUGAAGAUGGUAUUUUCAGGGUUUUUUGGGGGAAUGUGAUGUCUUGGUCCUCUUAAAAGCAGAUUGGGUGUGACUGAACCCCUGGGCUCAGCUGGUAUCCAUGUUGUGUUACACUAGGUGAAUAGAAGCCACUUCUGUGUAUAAGUAACCAGCUCUGCUUUGCCUGUGAACCAUAGUUACAUUUGAACGCACUAGCUUUGAGUCUAGGCCUUUAUAUUGACGGGGGGGCCAGCAUGCUUCAGGGUUAAAAGGGGGGGAAUGAAGAGUGAAUCCCAACUUUAAAAACUAUGUGCUCAUCCAUGACAUUAAAAGGCUGCCAUUGUGGUCUAAUGGCAACAUCUUUGCGCAAAAAUGACAGAUCUGAUUAACCAAAACUUUGAGAUGUGAUGAAGCCACCAAUAUAAGCACUUGCUAACAGAAGUCAGUCAGUAUUGCUCCUACUAGAAGGCUUGAGGACCAGGGUGAUGAGGCUCCAGAUGAAGAUAGAAUCAGAACCACAUCAAGUAAUUAAAUUUCCACUUUGCCCUUGGAGUUCUUUCUGCUUAUAUAUAUAUAUAUUUUUUGCUAACUGGUACUAGUCCUCUUCUGAGGAUGAAGGGAAGCCCAGAAGUUGUUAGAAAUUCCCAGUCUCCCCUCUGCCCACCCCCGCACCCCCUUAGUUCUUUACCACCAUUGCACAAUGACCAUCUUGGUGCAAUCUGUUCACUUGAAGUUCUCAGUCAGCCCCGCCAUUUUGGAGUUUGAAAGUAGACACGUGUUCUAGAACCUCCAUCGGGGUAAAAGGCUGCACUGACCAAAGCUGAGCUUUUAAAACAUCACUCUGGUCCAGUGUGUCUCUACCUGCUCUACAAGGCCUUUGCCGGCCUCAGAAUAGAUCAGGUAACCUUGAAUUUCAGGUGUUUGGAAAUUCCAGUUGAAACCUGCCUUUCAUGCAGCUCACACAAGCACCAGGUCCCCUGAAAUGGUACCGAGACCUGUGGUUCCUUUUUUUGUGUGUGUUGAGUAACAUGAAACUUGGCAGUGGUCAAGGGCACUAAAGUUCAAGUACAAAUUCUAAUAUAAAUCUAAGCAGUCUCACUUGCUUCAGGACUCUGAAGUUCUCUGAUGCUCUCUGCAAGUAUGCAGCUUGUUUUCCUGGCCUGCUUCUUGGAAUCCAUUUGACCAGCAGUGAGAUUAAAACAGUACCAUUUCCCCUUGUGUUGGCAGAAAGGCACAGCCUGAAUUCCUGGCCUUGAGCUUCAGUCUCACCCUUGAAUUUUACUUUGGCAGUAAGACAUGAUUCCUCACUCAACUUCAACUCUGAAACUAAGGUCUCUAUCAUGGACACCUUCCAAUCAGGGUUCCUGCUAAGUGCAUGUGGGCUGGGUGCGGCCCACACCUGGGAGCACCUGGCAGCCGGGGCGAAUUGGGUAGGAAAGAUGCUGGGGCCCUGCUGUGUGCUAAUGUGGUUUGGUGGGCAGUUCCCCGCCCCCCCCCCCCCGCCCACUGCCAGUCUGAGUACCUCAAAAAGGGUACUCCAAAAGGCGCUCCACUUAUUAUAUUGGUCAAUUAAUUUGCCAGUUAGCCAGGCACAUAUAUUUCAUGGUCUCCACUAUUUCAUCGUUUGGUUGAAAAGCAGACACACCUUAACACACCUGGGGAUUUGAGUCACUUCGAGCUGUGUGUAAACCCAUGUUUUGUGGUGACCUAUUAAUAAUCAAAUCUUUAAUGCCCUGAAUCAGCUCGUCCUUCUGCCUCCCUGCAAGCAUUAGCUCCUUACCUUCGUGGUGGGUUAGGAUUUUAACUAGCACUGCUUUGUUAACUUUGAGAAAUGGUGCCACUCAAGAGCAACUUCUUCACUUUAGGAAUACCUCCUUUCUAGUGAACUUUCUGGUACUGGAGCCUUGUUUUGGGAUGCACCUACAUUCAGAGCUCAAAGGUAUUGAUAGUUAUUCAUCUGUGGGAAGAGACCCUGUAGCUCCCCAGGGCCAUGAUUUCCUGGGUGUCUGACUGGGGCUGUCUACGAAGGAGAGCCCUUCGGUUGGAUUCUGUAAGGUGAAGAACUCCCAUUUGCCAGGGUUAGAUCCAGAUCCUUAAUCUGGCAGAGACCAGAAUGUCACAGCUGAUUUUGGAACCUAUUCCAGUUCAGCCAGUUACAUUCAGAGGACCAAGGGAGGUACGUAGGGAGCAUGUGUGUUAAAAGACCUGGCGACUUUUCAGGAUUGCUUAUGGAGACUGCCCAAGGUGAGCAUCAGGAAAGAAAAUGUGUUUUUGUUUUGUUUUGUUUUUUGGUGAGUUCUAAAUCUUGUUUACCUAUCACUUUUUCAAAAAUAGUUUAAGUGUAAACUAAAGAAAACGCUUGGAGGUUUGCCUGGGCUGGUGAGAGUUGGUACAAGUUGUCACGUGUGUUUGUAUAGGAAGGUGAGAAGACGAUUCACUAAAGAGGAAGUCAUUAAAUAAUAUGGAUAUAUGGGCGUUUUAAAACUCAAGCCAUCUGGUCUCCCCCCAGCCCCCAAAGGAUAAAAAAAAAAUAGCUGCUUUUGGAAAAUUAAGAGUUUUUAUCCAGUAAUUUCCAAAUUAAUAUAGAUGAAAAGUAAGAUACUUAUUAGACUGAAUUGGAAGCUUUUUGUUAUUCUGGGUUUGCAUAGCCUUCGAAAUACUAAUUUCUUAGUGAUGCCUAAGAUAUGUGAGGUUUCCUCUUUGGUGUGAUGGUCACUGACCUUCCUAUGUGAUGAAGGUGAAAUCACUUGUCAAUGCAAACUGUAUUAGAAGUUGAUGAAAUAAAGCUUUGAGUUUGAGAAAUAAAGAUAUAUUUAAAAAA